AUGUCAGAUUCCAACACAACUGACUUCACCAACCCCUCCACCUUCAUCCUGCUGGGCAUUCCUGGCCUGGAGGCAGCCCAUGUGUGGAUCUCCAUCCCCUUCUGCACCAUGUACACCAUAGCCAUGUUAGGAAACUUCACCAUCCUGUUCAUCGUGAAGAGGGAGCCGAGCCUUCAUGUGCCUAUGUACUAUUUCCUCUGCAUGCUGGUCAUCACCGACCUGGUCCUGUCCACAUCCAUCCUGCCUAAAACACUGACCAUCUUCUGGUUCAAUUCCAGGGAGAUCGAUUUCGGUGCCUGUCUCACCCAGAUUGCACCGCUAUCUUUCCUGGUGGUCCGGGAUCAAUGCGAGAUCUCCCUUGGUGGGGAUGUGUCUCGAGACCCUUUCCAAUCCCGCUCACUUGGGCUCUUGACCGCCACUCAAGGCAGAUCUCCCAUGGUGGGGAUGUGUCUGUCUGAGCUUAGGCCUUGUCUCCAAGGAUUUCGAGAUUCUCACGGCUACCAGUUGACUGCGAUUUCCUUACGGUCCGUGGACCGGGCAGAGACCACUAUUGGCACGUCCUUCACCGAGGAUCAGAUGUACUUCCUUCACUGCUUCUUAGUAACAGAGUCUGGGAUCUUCAUGGCCAUGGCUUUUGAUCGCUAUAUGGCCAUCUGUGAUCCCCUGAGACAUUCAAUCAUCCUGACAAACUCCAUGGUGGCCAAGAUCGGCCUAGCCGUGGUGCUGCGUAGCAGCAUUCUCAUGCUCCCCUAUAUUCUAGUGGCAAGGCAGUGGCCAUAUUGCAGAACCAACAUCAUACCCCACUUUUACUGCCAACACAUGGCCGUGGUGAAGCUGGCCUGUGCCGAAAUCCAUGUCAGUAAUUACUACAGCCUCUCUGUGGUAUUCUGUGUAUUUGCUCUGGAUCCAUUUGUUAUUGCUGUGUCCUAUACCCAGAUCCUCAGGGCCAUCUUCAGCCUGCCCACAAAGGACGCUCGGCUCAAGACUUUUGGGACCUGCGGCUCCCACCUCUGUGCCAUCUUAGCCUUCUACAUCCCAUGUCUCUUCUCCGUCCUCACGCACCAGUUUGGCAAGAAUAUGGUCUCUCAUUUCCACAUUCUCAUUGCCAGCAUUUACCUUCUGAUGCCCCCCAUGCUAAACCCCAUUAUCUAUGGGGUGAGGACCAAACAGAUCCGGGACAGGCUGCUGCGGCUGUUUAGUCAUAAAGGGACUAAUAUCUAA